AUGGAGAAAGCUGCUUGGCGCCAGGUGCACGUGGUCGAGACAGAAAAGUCCAACAAGACUGAUGAUCCUGGAGGUCUCUCGCUGCUGCUGAGUCUUCACCGCUUCAACCAGCGCAUCACUGUGCGUGCAAGGUCGCUUGCGUCUCUGCUCACGGGAACGGGGGACAGAGGAAAGGCUUGGUCGCCGGGCACGCUGGAGCGCUCUUUGUACGAUGGCAAGAAGCGCGAUGAUGAUUCCAGCGACAUCCUUAACGUUAAGGAGCUUUUCCGAGGAUCAUCUGACGUCUUCCUGCCACAGCCUGAUCCGACCAUUCUUCAGUUCCACCUGUCUCCCUGGGCGAGGAUCGUGGAGCUGCUGAGGCUAAUUUCUGUGGUGGGUACAUGCAUCACAGCCCCGCUCAGUUUCAUCCUAUCUGGAGAUUGGUCAACACCUGAUUCCGUGCCGGGUGGCCGGGUGCUCCUGGCUUUGGACUGCAGCUUUGACAUUCUGUUCGCCAUCUGCCUAGUGAUCAGCUUCCGGAUAUCUUUUCUGCAUCCGCUUACCAAAAAAGAAGUCAUAGAUCCUUCCAGGAUUCGGCGUUAUUUCACGGGAAGCUUUGUAUGGUGGCUAGAAGCCAUCAGCAUCUUCUCAUACCUGUGGCUAGGACUAGGUGCUUCAUUGCUGCUCAACAACUUGAAAAUUAUCCGCGUAGGUCCCUUGCUAAAGCUGCCAGAUGCUUUGUGGAGGUGGGAGGACAGCAAGCUUGUGCGCUUGGGCCGACCACCUUUCUUGCUCGUCCUGGCAGCGCACUGGACUGCCUGCUUGCUCUUCACGCUAGGCGGCUUUCGAGAGGAGCUGAUUCACAGAGAGGAAGAAUACGAGACGACUUUCAACAUGGGCUAUGGUAUAUCAGGUCAAGUUUCUGGUGGCGUGUCGUUGUACUUCAUGGCAUUUGUGGAAGCCUUGUACAUGCUCACCGGUGCAAUGGACAAUCCCCUAGGAGACGGGGGUCCGCGGAACAAGGACUUUGGAGCCUUGCUCAUGGUCUCAAUCUUCGGCCCAGCAGGGUGCGUGGUGGUGGCCCUCUUCAUCUCAGCCAUCAUGCGUGAGCAGCAGCGAGCCUUGGCCCUGGACAGCAAGCACGAGGAGAGCAAGGCCUUCAUGGAGCGUGCUUUGCAGAUCCUGGAAAUCCCCCCGCAGCUGCAGCAGAGAGUGUUAAGCAUGCAUCUCUUCCAGAAGUUCGAGCACGAUGUUGAGGCGUUCAACUCCUUGUUCGAGAAGAAAAAUCUCAGCAAAGCAUUGGAAAACACUUUGCUGGUGUACCUGUACCGGGAAUUCGUGGCGCAAUCGCCAUACUUCAAGAACAAGGAUCCGAACUACAUCAUUGCAGUUCUUCAGGUUCUUGAGGAUGAGGUGUAUCUUCCAGGCGACUAUGUCGCCCGGAGAGGGGAAGUAGCCCAUGCGAUGUACUUUGUCAGCCGUGGAGAGCUCUCCAUCCACGUUCCAGACCACGAGGAUGAGAACAACGUGGACAAAGCCAAGCAAAUCAAGGUGCUGGGCAUUGGGCAGCAAUUUGGUGAGAUAGCUCUUGUCAAAGACACUGUGCGGACAGCAUGGGUACGUGCGGACACGUAUGCCAUUGUGUCCGCGCUGCCAUCACGUUCUAUCAGGCACGUGUGGGACUUCUAUCCCAAGGAGAAAGAGGAGCUUGUGCGCACGGUGGAGGCGCAUGCAAAGCGGGAUCGGGAGCGGAAAGUCAAGCAGCGUUGGGAGCGCGGCCUGGCUGGGGCGACGGUGACGCCCUGGAAGAUCAAGGGCAUGCCUGGUGUGCCGAGUUCUACAAAGCCAAAGGCAGAGAAGGGAGAGGACGGAGUGAAAAGUUCCAAGUCCGUCUCUUUCGAGAAGCAGAGUGAGCAAAGCGAGCAAAGCGAUGGUGGUGACACACCGAAGAGCACUGCAUCUCGUGAGCCAUCGCCAGCCGCUGCUGAUGUCAGCGAGUUUGUCGGCCGAAGGCUGCAGGCAGUGGAAGGCCGCAUGGAUGAGCUCCUGCGCCGACAGAGCUCCCUGGAAAGGGCGCUAACCGAGGAGCUGGCGAAGCUCCAGAAGACGCUGAAGUCUGGCGCAGGACUUCCGCCAUCUGCAGAGGAGAAGGAGCGUGGCAGUUUUAAGUCCCCCGUGGAGGAAAAGUGGACGCAACGCAGUGCCAAGGGCGACCAGGAGCUAAGAAAGAGGUCGAAGCAGAAGACGCGGCGUGUUGCGGCAGAUUUGCCAUGCGUGGACCUCAUCACCGGUGAAGAGGCCGUUGUUGCACAAGAGCGUAUCAGCGCAGCCCACAAUGAUGAGGAUGGUGGCCGGAGACCAAGCCGACCGAGCCCUGUCCCGAAGAAGAAGGCAAGCGGCCCGCCCAUUGCAACCACAAUGGAGGUGACGCAGGGUGCCUUGCCCUCGGCGCUCUCUGCAGCAGUCACGACGCCGACUGAGGUUGCACCGACGCCCGCCUGGGUUCCUCUGGCACCUGUGCAUACGGCGGACCCAGAAUCUGUGACCCUGCACCUGGAGCCGCAUGGAGCAUUGCCAAUUGAGGGUAUCAAGCCCCCUCAACGACCCGCUUCCUGA